AUGAAAUCCAUCACUUUAUUCUUUAUCGCUUUGUUCAUAAUUUCUUGCUUACCUGCAAUUCAUUCUCAAGAAUCAUCAAUUGUUCCUACGGAUUCUUCUGCCAUUCCAACCCCUACAUCUUCCGACACUGCUGCAAGUGUAUCAGCGACUACGUCACCAACUACUGGAACGGCUCCCGGAAAAUCUGGCGCUGCUCCCGCUUUGAAAGAUGAAAUGUUUAAUGUCGCGGCUGCUGGUUUGGUUGCAGCUGUCGUUGCUUUUUUCUAA